GGAACGCACACAAACUGGACCAGUCCUUCCUGCGCGCGGUUCCAGCGCGUGCGUUUCGAGCUCGCCAUGGGUUUUGAUCAUUGGGCCUCCAGCCAUCCCAAGGCCGCCGCUGAGCACAAGGGAUAUGUGAACGAGGCCGAGAUAGCGGAGUUCCAGGAGGCCUUCGUGGUGGACAACAGUCAGCUGAACACUGACUCACGUGGCAUCGCGUAUCGCGAGAGCAUGAACAUGAAGGACAAGCUCACUCGGAUCGCCGAGUUCAACUCAGUGGUCCGCGGUGUGGUUUGCAAGGCUUUGGACGGCAGCCAAUGGCUUCGUGUGGAGGAUCAGCUUUUUCUGCCGCUCCAGGUGGGCAACAAGGAGGUGCUCCGUCGCUCCUGGUGGGACGCCGAGGAGCCCCGGCAACUCGCCGAGGAGCUCCGCCAGAAACCGGCGGCCCAGGUGAGUCCUGCCAGAGACGUGGAGGAGGUGGAAGACUUUGUGAGUCCGCCUGAAGUGCGUAGCCUGGAGCCCGGCUCCGGAGCGCUCUACGAGGUGGUGUGCGAGCGCUUGCCCUUGCGGAAGGCGCCCCACCCCAAAGCCCCGAUGCAGGGCACCAGGCGGCAAGGGCAGAUCCUGGAGCUGUUCGAUUGGGACGUGCAUCGCCACUGGCGUCGCGUGGCCACGAAGCUGGGCAGCGCCUGGGCGGCGCUGGACGUCCACGACGCGGCGACGGGGCGCUGGACACCGCUGCUGCGGCCGCAAGGCUUGCCCUUCUCGCUGCGGCCACUGGACCCACUGUGCCAAGCGGCCCGGGAAGGUUCUGCACCAGAUGUCCAGCGCUUCAUCGGAGAAGGCUUGGCAGUGAAUGGCACCGACUUGGAUGGCCAGACGCCGCUGGCAUGCGCGCGGCAGAAGGAGGGCUGGCAAGGCUUAGUUUGCUGCGUCCUGUUGCUAGAAGCUAAUGCGGAUCCGAACCUGGCGCUGGGACCCGAGGAGCAGAUGCGCCUGGAAGUGGCGCAACUGGAGCAAGAGAAGCUGUUGGCGGUGGAGCAGGAGGACUACAAGCUGGCGGAGACCUUGAAGCAGCGCUUGGCCGCGCUGCGUGCAUCGCCGCAGCACGCCGUCACGUCUGCAGGUGCAACUGCUGCUGCAGAGCUCUUGAAGGCGUUGCACGGCCACGACUUCGAGGCGCCUCGGAUCCACCGAGCCUACGAUGAGCUCCGCGGGGUCACGAGCUCUGAGGUGCAGAACAUCCCCAGCCGUGUGGAGGCUUUGCUCCAAGAGGUGGCGCCGGCAGCUCAAUUGGAGAAGCUGCAUGUGAGCAGCUCCCGCACGGACUUCGGCGUCCCCCGAACAGCGCCGUCUCCCGCGCCGUCUCCUGCGGCAACCGCGGCGCCGCGAACCACGGCGCGGGCGGUCGCCGCGCGGGCGCCGCAGCAGGAGGAUGAUGAAGGGGUGCCAUGGCUCCAGAAUCAGCUCCCAAUCACUGAGAGCGACGAGGCGCGCGUAUCGGUCGUGAAGUAUCGCGUGCUGCAGAAGGCACCGGUCUUUCAGGAGCCUUCCAUGUCUUCCGAGCUCCUCGGUCAUUUGCCACAGCAUCAACUAGUGGAAGUCUUCGGGUACGACAUGAUGAGGUCCUUCGGCCGCGUCCGUGUCAAGCCACGGGAUGGAGACGCAAAGGAUGGAGAGCCCGGCUGGGUGCUACUGGAGGACGAGUUCAAGGGAGACUUGCUCAAAGCAGUGCGAGUCUGAAAAAGGUCCUUGCCAGUCUAAGAUAUAUACUUGAGAACAUGGGAGAAAAUAUGAGAACAUAUUACAGUGUCUCCCGCUACAUUCGGCAACUGUGAAGUUGGGGGCAGAA